GGAAGGGAGGGAGGAGGGAAACGAUCGCAGACCGCCAUAGCUUCGAGCUUCUCGAUUCCCAAAAACCCUGAACCCCCCCCACCUGCGCCGCCGGAAGUCGACGGAAGCUCGCCGCCGCGCGCCGCCAUGGCUCAGCCGCCGCCCGGCCACUACCCGAUCUACCCUCCGAUCCCGCCGCCCCUGAACCCCGUGCCCGUGCCCGUGCCCGUGUACGGCCAUCACAUGCCGUGGCCCAUACCCAUGCCAAUGCCCAUGGCCAUGCCCGGCGCGAUGCCGCCGAACCCCGCGCCGACGCCGAUGUACGCCGGGGCGCCGGCCAAUCCGGCCGGCUCGAAGCGACGCCGCGAGGAGGGAGGGGCGGCGGCGGCGGAGGACGAGUCGUCGGCGGCGAAGCGCCGGGCCGUGGGGCAGGACGUCAUAUUCAGGAUUGUUGUGCCGUCCAGGCAGAUCGGGAAGGUGAUCGGCAAGGAAGGCUGCCGCAUCCAGAAGAUCCGGGAGGAGACCAAGGCCACGGUCAAGAUCGCUGACGCCAUCGUUAGACAUGAAGAGCGUGUAAUUAUCAUAAGUUCUAAGGACAAUGACAACAAUGUUACUGAUGCCGAAAAUGCCCUACAGAAAAUAGCCACCUUGAUCCUUCAGGAAGACGAUGGUAAUGCUGAGGCAUCAAAAGUUGGUGCUGUGCACGUGGCUGCUAAUACAUUACGGCUUUUGAUUGCUGGAACUCAAGCAGGAAGUCUGAUUGGGAUGUCUGGACAGAAUAUUGAGAAACUAAGGAGUUCUUCUGGUGCUACAAUAACAAUUUUAGCUCCAAAUCAGUUGCCAUUAUGUGCAUCUGCUCUUGAAUCUGAUAGAGUAGUACAGAUCUCAGGUGACAUCCCUGCUGUGCUUAAGGCUCUGGAGGAGAUAGGUCAACAGCUGAGGGAGAAUCCACCUCGACAAGUGAUCUCCAUCAGCCCAACAUACAAUUAUAAUUUGAUUCGUCCAGCUCAACCAUAUGUUGAUCCCAAUUCAGAUUACAAUGUUUCAGCUGAUUACGCGACGUUCGAGAUGCUGAUAUCGGAAACAUUGGUUGGAGGUUUGAUUGGUAGGGGUGGCUCCAACAUAUCGAGGAUCAGAAAUGAGUCUGGAGCAACGAUCAAGGUUUAUGGUGGAAAAGGCGAGCAGAAGCAUAGGCAGAUCCAGUUUGGGGGUACUGCUCAACAGGUAGCACUGGCCAAACAGAAAGUAGACGAGUACAUCUACUCUCAGUUAACGCAAGCGGAUGCUCAACAGCUUACGUAGAAUAUCCUGUUUGAUAGGACCUUUUAUUUCACCUGUAGAUUGUAGCGAUUGGUAAUGGGAUGGGAUUGCCUUAUAUCCCCUAGCUUAUUCCUUUUUCGUGGGGUCAAAUAAUUUUGGCAGGCAGGGCUUGAUGUUUUGGUUGUAUUUUGCAUGUUUGUUUAUGACCAGAAAAGUUAACAGGUUCUGUAACAUGUUAGAGCUUUCCCUUUUUCUUUGGUAA